AUGAGCUGCUUUCGAUUCUACAGGAGAGACCCCCAGAACAAGGAUGAGGAGCUGGGUGAGGCGAUAAGAAUGACACACCGACAGCUGAAGGAUGACAAGCACCUGAAUGGACCCACGCACCGCCUGCUUCUUCUGGGGCCCGUGGGAUCUGGCAAAAGCACCCUUUUCAAGCAGGUGAAGAUGCUGCCUGGGUCUUGGUUUAAUGGAGCUAGUCAGCGGACCUCUGAAGUGCAGAAGGUCAGAAACUCCCUGAAGGAAGCAAUUGAAAAUGUCCUGGUGGCCAUGAGCACCCUGCAUCCACACGCAGAACUGGCCAACCCUAAGAACCAGUUCAGCAUAGACUACAUCCUGGGUACCAGGAACCAGCACAACUUCAGUUUCCCACCCGAGUUCUUUGAGCAUGCCAAGGCACUCUGGGAUGACGAGGGCAUGUGCUCCUGCUGUGACCGCUGUAUGCAGGCUGGACUCUUGGACCAUUCCUGCUACUUUCUGGACAAAAUCAACACCAUCAGGAAGCCCAACUACAAGCCCAAACCCAAGGAUAUCUUUCACUGCCACCUCCACAUCCCCAGAAUCUUUGAUGCCAAGUUCCAAAUGGAUGAAGUCAACUUCCACAUGUUGUACCCCAACGGGCUGUGCUACAUCAAUGGGGUAUGGGCCGAGAUUCUCAAAAACUUCAGUGCCAUCAUCUUCAUGGUAGAUAGCAGCAGCUAUGACCAGAAUUUCAUGGGAACCAACAGACUGCAGGAGGCUCUCAACAUUUUCAGGUCCCUCUGGUGCAGAUGUCCCCACCCCUCCCUUGUGUUUCUCUUCUUCAACAAGCAAGAUCUGCUGGCUGAGAAGGUGCUCUCUGGGACAUCCAAGUUCGAGGACCACUUUCCAGAAUUUGCUCACUACACUACUCCUGAUGGUGUUGUUCCUGAGCCCGGAGAGGACCCCUGUGUGAUCCGGGCCAAGUACUUCAUCCAUGACAAGUUUCUGAGUGUCACCAGUGCUGGUGGCAAUGAGGAUAGCCACUGCUAUCCUCAGUUCACCUGUGCUAUGGACCAUAGUAACAUCCAGUGGGUGUUCAGUGAGUGCACCCAGCUGGUCCUGCGCUCAGUGAAGGAAAGAGAUGCUCCUAGGAGGGAACCGAGCUUUAAGUAA